AUGAAUAUAGAACUGAAUCCACUUUUAACGACAUCGGACUCAGACUCGGACUUAUGUAAAGGACCUGCUGUGAGAAAGAUGCCAUCAGAUUGUUUCGAGAACAUCAUCAAAUAUCCGCGAGCGGUUCUCCGGAUACUCUUUGUGAUAGUCAAUAACAUUUAUUGUAUUCCCACAUACCUCAUAUGGAUGUUUCUCCUUUUGCCCUUAAGAAAACUCCAUCCUGACACUUAUUAUUGGAUUGAAGGAAAAUUAUUUCAUUGGCUUCUGGCAAAUGUUGCAAUGUGGAGCUACAUGGCAGGUUACGACAUGGUUGAAGUAGGUGAUGAUAUAACGCCAUGUUUAGAUCAACGUACUCUCGUGCUAGUCAACCACCAAUCUACAGCUGAUGUGCCUUUGCUAAUGACAACGUUUAACACUAAACAAGAGGUGUUACCGAACAUCAUGUGGAUUAUGGAUAAAGUUUUUAUGUACACAAACUUUGGUAUUGUUAGCAUUAUUCAUAAGGAUUUCUUUAUUGGAUCGGGUCCAAGGCAUCGAGAGAAAGCGCUCGUAGAACUUCGCGAGCAUAUUGAGAAAGCUUACAUUCCAAGAAAACGAGAGUGGAUGGUUUUGUUUCCUGAAGGUGGAUUUUUGAGAAAAAGACGUGAAGCCAGUCAGAGAUUUGCUAACAAGAACAAUUUGCCAGUGCUUCAUCAUGUAACAUUGCCAAGAAAUGGGGCAAUGAAAACAAUCAUCGAUGUUCUUGGACCAGGACAAGAUGAAGAUCCCGCCGCUUCUACGACACCCCCACAGUCAAUGAAGGAUAUAAAUAAAGUGAUAAAUGGUGAUUCUGAUGAAUUUUAUAUUGAUAACGAGUACUCGAAUCAACAAACACCACCAACAACACCGUUACGCAACGCUUACAAUGCAAACAACAACCAUAACAACAAUAAAACGGUUCAGAGGAUUAUCAGCGACGAUGAGAAUUUAAAAGAAAAAAUUGGUGAAGCUGAAAUAAGCUCGAAAAAGACUCUCAAAUAUGUAUUGGAUAUAACAAUUGCUUAUCCAGAUGGAAAGCCAUUAGAUCUGCCAAAUAUUGUCACGGGAAUGAGAAGGUCUUGUCAAACACAUCUUUUGUAUCGUUUAUAUCGAUGUUCUGAGGUUCCACGUGAAGACGAAGCACUGACUAAGUGGUUAUAUGAUCGUUUUAUCGAGAAAGAAGAAUUAUUGGAUAAUUUUUAUAAUACUGGAUCGUUUGCUUAUCCAUCAGAAGUUCAACCAACAGUUGUGCACCAAGACUUGUUGCGUUUCUUCUUAAUUCACUUAUUUUUCAUCACAUCAUCAUAUCUUCAUUUUCAAAUGAUCACAAUGCUCAGCAAUCAGCUGCUUUAGGAUGUUUUGAACCCAAUUUUAUGCGUCACUGGCAUUUGGAUCUCAUCAGUGAAUGUUUUUUGAUUAUUUUUCUUUCGAGUUUUCCUUUUUUUGUUUCGCUGAAAUUAUUACGGCAGCAUAAGAAAACGAACAUGAUCAAUGAAUUUUUUCCACACAAUAUGAACAGAGCUUUGUAUGAAUGAAAAAAUGGAUCUGACAACUUGCUUUACAUGUUUUCAUUCUUUCUCUCUUCUCAGUAUAAAUGUAAAACGUGUCGUCCCUCUGUUCUGAUGACGAAGCUUAGAUAUCAAUGUGACAGGUUGUAAAUUAAUAAUAAAAUAUUUAUGUACUCCUGCUGACCAUUUAAUUUAUUAAUUAAUUGUCCAUCACAUGAUGCAAUUCAUUCUUAAGUGAGACAUUUAUUUUCAUCCACGCUUUCUUUCAAUUGCUUGUUAAGAAAAAAACAAAAACGUGAUGUCUUAAAUGUUGUGUUAUUUAAUUAAAAACCAUAAUCAUGACUCAAAUCAAUGCCCAUUAAAAAGAGAGAAAGAAAGUUGUAAAUAUUUUUGUGGAUAAUGUUGACGGAUGAAUUUAUUCGCUCAACUUUAUAUUUUUAUUAUCUUUUUAAUUUUAAUCUUAUUAGCAUUUAAUCAAAGCCAGAAACAAGAAAUGAAAUAAUUAUUUAAACAAUAGAAUAAAUUUAAUCACUGAAGUGAAUUGUCAAUUUGUGAAAGUGGCGAGAUGAUAACAAACAAAUAUCUCCGACUAAACGAUUAACUGUUGAAUUCACUGAGCGAAUCACUUAAUUUUUUUCUAAACUGUUAAGAAAAAAAACAUAAAGGAACUUAGAUAACUAAGAAAAUAAAUGGUUUUCUCUCUGAUGCUCGAAUGACAAUGAAUUGAGAUUACAAUAAUGACAUGUACCUAGUUAUUAUGUAGAUCCAACGAGUCAUCUCUUCUUAAUUAAAUCAAGCGCUUUAAAAAAAAAGAAUUUUUCAUAUGAAAAAGAAAUUACUUUUGAAGUUUGAUGGAAGUUAAAGUAGAACAGGUCAGACAUACAUAGAAAUUUGUAAAUAUUUAAGAGAAACUUUUCAAAACGAAACAAAUUAAAUAAAGAAACCAAACAUGAGUUUGUCAAAUAAAUAAAAGUGA